CAACGCAUUUCUAUGCUUCAAAGGCAUACCUAUAUAUGUCUAGGUGUACCUAAGGAUACCUCGAGUGCUCACGAGAAGGUCCUUGAUCCAACCAUACGGCAAACCAACUCAUAGACAGGCGCCCUUCUGCAACUAUCAACACUCAACAGAUGCUGCCACCACCCUGCCUUUUCACGAUGCAUUGACAGUUUAGCCAUACCGAUAUAUACCGCUAUCCCCCUGCCAAAGAUGCGGCCAAAUCUGUUAAGGCCUGCCUCGGCCUGCUGGAGGGUCGAAUCCAACCUACUGCGGCAGCCAGCAUCUUCUGUUCCUAGUGUCUGGGGCUCUAGGAACUUCGCAGCAACGCCGGCGUGCAAAGAAAAGCAAUGGUCCACCCCGCUGGCUAAACAGCUGACAGAGGCUAUUAAAAUAACGGGGCCUAUACCCCUGGCCAGCUAUAUGCGCAUGUGUCUCACAUCCGACGUUGGAGGGUACUACACCGGAGGGGCCGAGAAGGGUCGAGACCAGUUCAGCGAAGAGGGCGAUUUUAUCACGUCCCCCGAGAUAUCCCAGAUCUUCGGCGAGCUUGUCGGCAUCUGGUUCGUGGCCGAAUGGAUAUCCCAGGGGUCUCCGAAGCAGGGCGUGCAUCUCAUCGAGGUCGGCCCCGGGAAGGGGACGCUGAUGGAUGACAUGCUACGUACUAUGAACAAUUUCAAGGAGAUGGCCGCGAACAUAGAAGCGGUCUACUUGGUCGAAGCUAGCGCCGAGUUACGGCUCGCGCAGAAAAACCUCCUCUGCGGCGAGGACGCCGUGAUGACGGAGUCGAAGAUGGGCUGGCACGCCACCUCUAAGUACGCCGGGCUGCCCAUCGUCUGGACCGACGCUAUCAAGGCCAUCCCCCAGGACCCGACCAAGACGCCUUUCAUCGUGGCGCACGAGUUCUUCGACGCGCUGCCCAUCCACGCCUUCCAGCUAGUCAAGGUCUCGCCGGGCCAGCAGCAAGCGCAAACCACGGUUAGCCUAGACCCCGCCUCGUCUGCCGCCACCACCGCUACUUCUGCUCCGAAGACGUCCCCGGGGUACCACUGGCGCGAGAUGGUCGUCACUCGCACGCCUCCGCUCAUGACGCACGACGAUCUCGGCACGCCCCCAGCGCAGCGCCACGAACCCGUGUCCGAGUUCCAGCUGACGCUCAGCCCGGCCAUGACGCGCCACUCGCAGUACCUACCUGAGAGCUCGCCGCGAUACCGCGCGCUGAAGUCGACGCCAGGCGCCAUUAUUGAGGUGUGUCCCGACGCCGCGCUGUACGUAUCCGACUUUGCGCAGCGCAUCGGCGGCGGCUUUCCCCCUCCUCGCCCUCCCGCCUCCUCCUCCUCUCCCCAAUCUACGGCGGCGGCGGCCGCAGCAGCCGCCGUGCCUAUAAAACCCCGCCCGUCGGGCGCCGCUCUCAUCAUCGACUACGGCCCCAGCGACACCGUGCCCGCGAACUCGCUGCGCGGCAUCAGCCGCCACCGGCGCGUGUCGCCCUUCGCGGCGCCGGGCCGCGUCGACCUUAGCGCCGACGUCGACUUCAUGGCGCUCGCUGAGGCAGCUACCCGCGCGAGUCCCGGCGUCGAGUGUCACGGCCCCGUCGACCAGGCGCACUUCCUCGAGGCCAUGGGCGUGCGCCAUCGCGCGGCCGCCCUCGCGGGGGAAGCCGUCGCCGCUGCUGGCGGCAUAGACGAGAAGGCCGCCCAUACCCACAGGGAGCGCAUCGACCGCUCCUUGAACCGCCUCCUCGACCGCGGGCCCGGCGGCAUGGGCAAGGUCUAUAAGGUCUUCGCCAUCCUGCCUGAGCACAACGGGGAGCGCCGGCCCGUCGGCUUCGGCGGCGACGUGGACACUGGAUCGCGGGCCUCCGGGCACGGCACAAGAACAAGGCAGCAGCGGACUGGGGAUAAUGAAGAAGAAAAGUAACGCACGGUCGUAGGUAUAUGGGCAUAGUACGACGAUGACAAUACAAGUCGGGAGGUUCGAUAAUACGAGCCACCAAUGCUCACGCUCAUCUCACUAGAAGGAAACGAUGGGGACUGUAUCCCGCUCAUAGGUAGUAGGUGAUAAGCCGAGAACCGCCACCUUUUUUCUCGUUCCAUUGCUUUCUUUCUCUCCGUCAUUACCGCAACAUGUAGGGAUCUUACUGUACACGCACCGCGCGGGACGGACCGG